AGUAUAAACACACUGAACACAUUGCACAACUAUUACUGACUUUGGUUUGCAAAAUAAAUACUAGUUUGAUCACUUUAUUUAAAGAAAGAAUGAACCAACAGUGAAUAUGGGUACUAGGUUAAUGAAGGAUUUUCAUCGUUUGAUGAAAAGGAUAGAAAGAAUAUCAAAUGGGCAGGCAAAACUUGGUAAAAUCAAUUGGGACGAAGAUACAAGCGAGUUCAUAAUCACAAUUCGUCCAAGUUCGGGGUACUAUAAAGGUGGAUUCUUCGACUUUCAGGUCAGCGUACCGGACGGGUACCCAAAUGAGUCCCCGGUUGUGUAUUGCUUAACUAAUAUCUACCAUCCAAAUAUUGACACAUCAGACUGUGACGACCCUACCUGCACCAAUGUCUGUCUGAAUUUCUUUGAUCUUGCCGAAGUGUCUUGCGGCUUUGAGGGCAUUGUGCACGGAUUGAUAUUUCUGCUGAAAAACCCUAAUAUAGAAGACCCGCUGUCACCAUAUUUUAGAAGUAGUAUCGACGAUGCGGAAACAUUUGAAGAAAACGUCAAAGCUUAUAUGAAAGGCGAUGACGUCGAUGGAAUCUCAUUUGAAAAGAAUUUUUUUGUUGCACAAGGUAUCACUAUUUUGACAACUUCUCCAGAAGAUGAGGAUUUUCAUGAAACUGAUAGCGACGAAAAAGAAGAAAACAAUCGUGAAAUAACGAAUACUGUAGACAAUCACAAUAAAUCAGAGUCAAAUGACAAUGGAAAUCAAACACAGCAGUCCAAUAACUCUGCCUCAGUGGAUAGAGAAACUAGUGGGGAGUUCAAAAAUUGCGAUACCAACGAAAAUGAAAAAGACGAAGAGGAGGAAGAAGUUGAAUUUACAGUAAUGUGUAUAGAUGGCGAAACGGUAUUAACAUGCAAUACAUUUCAGGAAGAUUUUGAUAAUAUUAUUAACACUAAUGUAGUAAAAGGGACUGUCAAAUUUGAAGCGAAUCAGGACCAACAAGGAAAUACACAGUCUGAAUGUAGCGAAAACAAUGACACGGAAAGUUUCGAAAACUCGGAAAAUGGUGAAGUCGGGAACACCGAGUCUAUUUUCGUUGAUGGAGAAGAUUCAAGUGAGAUAACCCUUACCAAACGUGAAUCUAACAUUGCAAACGACGACAUAGCCGCUGUUGCAAUGGCGGAACAUCGUAUGAAUAUUAUGAAUAAAGAACUCGAUGCUCAGUAUAGCCGUUUUUCAAGAAUCCGUGCAAUAUUUUCCAAGUUCUUUCGAUUUGCUUGUAUAAGUGCAAGAACUUAUCAACGCUGUAAAAUAUAAACAAUGAUGUAGAUUGGUAUUGCUGUAUAUGUAUAAGACAUAGAUUAUGUAACUCGUGUUCAAAAUUUAUCCCGCGCAUAUACACAUUAUAGGUACUAUGGUAGCGUGCUGUUUCAGUCCACAUUUUAUACGGUGCUUUUAAUUUGCAUACAUGCAUUCUGUGAUUUUAUUUAUCUGUUCAUUUAUUUGAUUAAGACUACUCGAAAGAAUAAAGCUUUUAAAACA